GCUCCGGACUCGGCAGGCACCGGGAAGAGGAACUGGGCUUUGCACUGCCGGGUCGGGGCGAGCUCCGCGCCCGGCACCGGCCCCGCUGUCCCCGCUCCCCUCCGGCCGCCGCCGCCGCCGCCGCUCCGCGCUCGCCGCCGGGGAGGGAUGGGGCGGGGAGCGGGAGGACGAGCUGGGGGCCAGCACGGGCCUUUGCAUCCACCCCGCGCCCCCCGGCAGCCCCUCUGCUCCCCUUUGCACCCCCCCGCCGCUCCUUCCUCCUGCUGCAAAGGGAUGCGCUUGACAGGGCUGCCCGCUGCCUUGGUGCGUGUUUGAAAUAGAGGCCCCCCCCUUGACUUGGAGAGCCCCCCGUUCCCUGCCCCGAGCCCCCUAUCCCCUGCCCCAAGCCCCCCAUCUGCUUCCUCGGGCCCCCUUCCCCUGUUCCACCGCCUUAUCCCCUGUCCCAAGCCCUCCAUCCCCUUCCCUGAGCCCCCUUCUCUGAGCUCCCCAUCCCCUUUUCCAAUUCCUCGAACCCCAAGCUGCCAUCCCCUGCCCUGAGCCUGUUUCCCUGAGCCUCCCAUUCCCUUCCCUGAGUUCCCUGCCCCGAAUCCCCCAUCCCGUGCCCCGAGCCCCCUCCACCAUGAUUUUGCUGAGCUGCUUCCUUCACCUGCGGCCCCGGCGCUGCGGUCCCUUGGCCGGGCUGGGCAGGGGGCUCGGUCCGGCAGCGGGGUCCCGCAGGGCUCUGCGGGUGCUGGUGGACAUGGACGGGGUGCUGGCCGACUUCGAGGGAGGCUUCCUCAAGAAAUUCAGGGCCAGGUACCCUGACAAGCCCUACAUUGCACUGGAGGACCGGAGGGGCUUCUGGGUGUCGGAGCAAUACGGGCGCCUGGGACCCGAGCUGAGUGAGAAAGCCAUCAGCAUCUGGGAAUCCAAAAACUUCUUCAUUGAGCUGGASCCGCUCCCUGGUGCUGUGGAAGCUGUGAAGCAAAUGGCAAAUUUGGCAGACACUGACGUGUUCAUCUGCACGAGCCCGAUCAAGAAGUACCGGUACUGCCCCUACGAGAAGUAUGCCUGGGUGGAGAAGCACUUUGGCCCCGAGUUUCUCGAGCAGAUUGUUUUGACACGAGAUAAGACGGUGGUUUCUGCUGACCUGCUUAUAGAYGACAGACCUGAUAUAACAGGGGCCGAGCAGAACCCCACGUGGGAGCAUGUGCUCUUCACUGCCUGCCACAACAAGCACCUGCAGCUGAAGCCCCCCAGCCGCCGGCUGCACUCCUGGGCCGAUGAUUGGAAGGCCAUUCUGGACAGCAAACGCCUCCCACCCGGCCAGACCACCUAAACACUGGCCCCCACAGCCACCUGGGGCUGCAGCCACCUGUCUGUGUCUCUGUGGAGCCCUGCUGAAGGCCAGAACCAUGGAUGGACAGAUAGACAGACGCUGUCCCUGCUGCAGAGAGGAAGAGGAGGGUCAGCUGAAGGAGGGCCACAGUCACCUGGACUUAGAAAAMAGACCCCAGCCCAGUCCUGCCACAAGGGACCAACAGCAGGAUUGUGCCUGUGGACCUGACAGCCUGCCUGGGGAACAUUUCCUGCUGGCUCCUGGGGUCUCUGUGCUGCCUCUGUACCCUCCACGAGGCCAUCCUGAAGUUUCUGAUGGACAACGUCACCCUCGGCCUGUCACUGCCCUUGCCUGGUGCACUGUGUGGCACAGACAAGCCCUCCAACUCCCCCUCUGCUUUAUGGUCAGGGAUCCUGCAGAUGGUUUGUUUAGUCCUUACAGGUUUUCAUCCCCCUGGCAGUGCCUGUAUCUGGGGAGGGGGUGGCUGGAAGGGCAGGGAGAGCAGGUGGGUGCUGUCCAGGCUCCCUGCACUGGGGCUAUGUUGGGGGAGGAUUGUCACCAGCACAUCCGUGGAUGCUGCUUGCAGUUCUCACACACUGAGAGAGGGGAAGAUGUUGGGAAGAUGUUGCUGUUAAAGGCUGGGGAGYUGUGCUGGUUUUGGCCAGGGUAGAGUUAAUUCUUUUCACAGAAAAUGUAKCCCCAUACAAGGCACUGUGAACAAAAUUAACUCUACYCCAGCUGAAAGCAGCACAGAACCCAUGAGAGCUGCCCAUGAGCUGGAUCACAGGGUCGGUUUUAUUCAGCAGCUCCACCCGGCCCCAGCUCUGGGUGUCUGGGGACAGAACAUUCUGCCAGGUCCUCUUCCCUGGCUCUGGGCCCCUGCAGAGAGGUGUUCAGUGCCUGGCUGGUGCAAAGGGGUCACAGCACACGCAGCUGCACCAGCCAGGCUGUGCUGGGGCUGCUGAGCUCUGGGAAGUUGCAGUUGGCSACCAAAAAGGGAGUGUUUGGACCAAGGGGCAGCUCCAAGAAAUGCUUUGGGCAUAGCUGUGCCCUCAGCCUCUUCCUCCCUUGUUUGUCUCAUUCCUGCUUUGCUGAGCCCACAGCAGUCUGGCCUUGAACUACCUGACCUGUCUGGCACCAGAAAGCAUCUGCUGCUGCUGCUUCUCGUGGCCUCAGAGAGACACCCCAGCUGCUGGGGGAGCCUGGCAUCCCCUCCCUGCCUGCAGCACCGCCACAGGGCAGCCUGGCCCAGCUGUCCCCAGUGGGAGCUGCUGCUGGACCACCCCAGGCAAAGCCCCAGGGAUGUGCUGGGUGCGUCACUGCUGACCCCACAGAGGCCAUCAGCCCCGCUGCUGUGUCCCCACACUGUCCAGGAUCCCACUGCCCUCCUGGCCCGAGGACUUGCUGGCUGCAGCAGUAAAAUUCCCCACUUGGACAYGUAACCCCACAGGCAGGGCUGGUAGCCAGGGCUUGCGUGGGGUUUGCCACCCUGCACUCCUUGCUCACACCUUUGGUUUGUCUGUCCCUCUCCUGUGGGCUCCCAUCAGCAAAAGUACAUGGACUUAAAGCUACAUAACCAAGAAAUAACCUAAUUCAGUUCAGCAGUGGCAGCCAGAACCCCUUGGUAUCCAGGACUGGAGGGGUUCUGGGGUUGGUGCUUUGGAACCUGUGCCUUCCCUGGGUGCUGCAGGGCCAGGGACUUAGGGCUUGCCCUGUUUCUUGGGACAGGGYGAGUGUACAAAGUCAGCAUGGUUGGCCCAGGACAGUGGCACUCACAUACCACAAGCAUCUUUUCUUUCUUUUUUUUUUUUUCAUUUUUUUUUCCUGUUUAAACCACUGUUGUGUGCUUCUCUGGGUGGUGGGUUCAGUUUUGGGGGGUGAAUUUGGGACGUGCAGCCUCCUGGCCAAGAACCACCUUGGCUGGAGGGUUUUGAGGCUGGGAACUGGGACAGUGUGGGAGCACCGUGGGCAGCUGCUGCAGCUGCUGAGCACCAGGAACCCCUUGGCUCCACCAGACCUCCACCAGUUGUUGACCCCUCUCUGCAACUGAGGUGACUUCAUGGGGUCCAAGCUGCUUUUUUUCCCAAGGGUACCAUGUAAAUAUGAGCUGCCUGAGCUCCCCAGAGCAUUCUCCCUGCCCAUCGAGCCAAAACAAGCUGGCACAUGGCUCCAGCAGCUGCCCAAACCUGCCAUCUCCCCCCGAGGCUGGAUCCGAGGGAUGGRCUCUCUGGGGCCAGCAGGUCUUUUCCCUAUGGUGAGAUGUGAUGCCAGAGAGACUGUGUGUGUUCACACCAAAUAUACUUGAAAGCAGAGCUGGAGUUUCUCAUGCACGAGGCUCCAGCUCGAAGCACAGAGACUCUGAGCUGGUAGCUGGACUGUUUGCUCCCCACAUUCGGGGCUGGGAGAUGACUCCACCACCGAUGGAGCUGCCUGUUCAUCACUCAAGCCCCUCUGUGCCCAGCUGAGAUACACAGAGCUUUUAUUUUUGAAUGUACACCUAUAAACAUGAGGCAAAUGAGGAGCACUGCAAUAAACACUGAGUUGUUUGGCAUCCAGCUGCCUGGAAAUGGAGUUUGGGGUUUGCAGUUUCCCUGCCGUUGCUCUGUGUGGAGAUAGGGGUUCAGCUCCAGACUUGGGAAUGUCCCUUUGUCUAGAAAACCUAGAGCCAGUCCCAGUGCCCUGGCAGUGCCAUCACUGUUAGACACAGUCCCUGUGGGCAGAAACAAAGCCAAGGGGUGGUUUUGGUAGAGUUCAUCUCCCUAAAGAUCUUUUAUAAUAAAUAAAGCUGUGAAGUGUGUGUCCUGUUGGGCCACAGCCGA